AUGGCACUCGUACUCUGGUUUGUGAUAAAGCAAUAUUAUGUCAGCGUGAACGUAUCUGUGCAGUUUGGAAGAGUUACUAUUGCAACAAUAAACUAUAUUUUCUAUGACUGCAGUGCUGUAUCAAUGCUGUCUCUAACUGCACCAUGCAGAGGAUGUGUCAGCAGUCCUUGGGGUUGUAAUUGGUGUCCAAUAGAUCAUCGCUGCACUGAAAAGGAGUUUUGCCAGCAUCCUAGGAUCAUAUACAACCUAAAUAAUAUUGAUGGAGAGUAUGUAGGACCAAAUGCUUGCCCUUGUAUAACGAGCAUUGAUGGAUCCGCACUUGUGCCAGAUGGUGUGCUGAGGGAACUGAGACUAAUUGGACAGAAUCUUCAGCUGCUAGAGAACCACUUAAACCAAGAGUACAUAUGCGUUAUGGAACUCGGAGAUGGUUUUCAAUUACCAGCUACAGUAAUCAAACGAGAGGCUGCCAGUGACAUUUACAAUAUUACCUGUAAGAGCAAAGAAUAUCGCUAUUGGCAGCUGACAAAGGAAUAUGUUGUUCCAGUGUAUUUGAAAUGGAACUCUUCUUUACGUAUUGACAAUGAGAAAGAUGUGCACAUGAUACUCUACAAAUGUUCAGUUGAAAACACGGACUGCAGCAGAUGCAAGGCAGUUGAUUCCAAGUACCACUGUGUGUGGUGUGAGCAGGAAGUGCCAAGCUGUGUAUAUUCUGAAGUAUGCAUUACAGAAAUCGUGGAACAGUGUCCAGGUCCAAUCAUUUCUGAAGUGGAGCCUCUCACUGGUCCAGUGGAAGGUGGAAUAUCCAUAACUAUUUCUGGCUCAAACCUUGGGCAGAACUUUGAUGACAUUAAGGAGUCUGUUACAGUGGCUGAAAUUCCUUGCACCCCAAGACCCCAGGAGUAUGACAUUUCAAUCAGGAUUGUGUGCAUUUUGUCAGGAAUUAAACAUGAGAGAGCUGGACCAGUGAGAAUAAAAAUAGGAAACCAUGAUUGGGGGAUUUCAGAUCAAAAUUUUACGUAUCAGAAUCCUGAAGUGCAGGCUAUCUCUCCUCACAGAGGUCCACUUGUGGGCGGUACAUCUCUUACUAUAAGUGGCACAAAGCUGUUAACAGGAAAUGUAAAAGACAUCAGAGUCUUCAUAGGGAAACUGUCCUGUAAUGGAUUAUUAAAUCUGAAAUUGUUUUUUGGUGAUUCAGGUAGUUCUAUGAGUGACAAAUUUAUUUAUCACAAAUCCAAAUUCAAUCCACCAAUGCACCCAAAUGUACUUCAAUUUCAACGCAAUAUUCUCAAAGAUCUACAUUUUUCUGGUGAAGGUUUACGUUGGAAAACAAAUAACAUCUCUUUAGCCGAAAAGCAGGCCAUUGCUGACUUACAGAAAAAUCAGAAUAUUGUAAUCACCUCAGCUGAUAAAGGGGGUGCCAUGGUGAUUCUAAAUUGGCUUGACUAUGACAAGGAAGCCAUCAGACAAUUGUCAGAUCAAAAAUAUUACUCACGUAUGAUAAUUAACCCCACAUCCAGGUUUCAAAAACAGAUUGAGGAAUUUAUCCUUUGGGCUAAGGAUGAAUUUAUUAUCACAGAGGAAACUGCACAACAACUUAUUGUACAUGACCCCAACCCACAAUACAUAUAUUUUCUACCAAAAACUCACAAGAGUCUCAUCAAUCCCCCUGGCCGUCCAAUUGUGUCUGGGAGAGGGUACAUCACAGAACCCCUUUCUUUGUUUCUUACCCAGCAACUAAAACCAUUGUUGGCCUUUGUACGAUCACGUAUACAUGAUACCACCAUGUUUCUCAACAUCAUAUCUGACAGUCAGUUAGAAGAGGACUGGCUAGUGUGCACUCUAGAUGUCUGUUCCUUGUAUACCAACAUUCCUCACAAGUAUGGUUUGGAGGCUUUGUCCUUCUGGUUAGAUCAGGCUAGUUUAUAUCAACCCCUCUUUAACUCUUUUCUGGUGGAACUAGCCAAAUUUGUCUUAACCAGCAAUGUCUUUUGUUAUCAGGACAAAUGUUAUUGGCAGGUCAAGGGCACAGCUAUGGGAGCUUCCUUCGCUCCCAUAUAUGCUGACCUUUUCAUAGCCUUUGUUGAACAUCACAUAAUUUACAAUUCACAUAACAUCUACUUGGAGCACAUUGACAUUUGGCGCCGUUACCUUGACGACUGCUGGAUGGUUUGGAGAGGAGACAUACCAGGGCUUAUGGAUUUCAUUUCAUAUCUUAACAACAACAUUUGGGGUUUGGAAUUCACUUUACACUAUGAUCACAAUGCCAUUACUUUUUUGGAUGUUGCCAUCACAAGAUUGCCAGAUCACACACUAUCUGCGGCAGUAUUCAGGAAACAUCCUGAAUACAAUACCAUUUUACACGCCUCCAGUUUUCAUCCACCUCAUGUCAUACGCAACAUUCCCAAGUCUCAAUUCAUCCACAUUAAACGGAUUUGUUCCACUGACAAUGCCUUUCAACAUCAUAGGAGGGACCUAACUGAAAGAUUUAGGUCCAGGGGUUACCCUAUGGGUCAUGUGUCUAGUGCCAGUAAUAUGACCAACUCUUCCAAGAGAAAUGAUUUCCUCAAUUGGUGCAGGGAGGAAUCUGAGUUUGAAGAGGAGUUUGAUGAAGAUGGCGAUGAUUCUUUGGAUUUACCAUCUCAAAUUCAUUUUCCUGUUACUUAUGCUCCUGAUGCAGACAACUUUGUUCCAUCUUUACCUGUUGAACAGAAGUGUUAUAUGAAUGAGAUUGUUUCUAGUGUGACUCAGGUUUUGAGACGUGCUUUGAGGUGUGUCUUGGAAGGUGUGGGCACAAUUUCUAGAAAUGCAGCAGCGUUUGUUGGAUUACAAAGGGGUUAUUAUACCUACAUCCCCUGGACUGCUUCAACUCAAAAGAGAGUAAGGGAAGAAACGUCUUCAGAACAACAACAGUUUUCUGAUGGCAAGUCAGUAGCCUAUUUAACACAGAUCCCCUCUCCACUAGGUUAUGCCUCCCCAGAGGAAGACACUAAUGGGGCUGAUUCACCAGCAGAGAAAAUUUCCUUUAGUGAUAUCUUGACCAGAAUGCAGGAACAUUUCAAAUGGGAAAGCACUGAAAUGUCAGAUGUUCAAAAACAUUAUGACUUAAUACAGUCUGCCUUGUUUUUUUUUUUGUUCAGGGGUGGACGGAUAAUCACAGUGGAAGGUGAGAAUCUGGAUGUGGUACAGAAGCCAUUAGUCAGUGCUGUGCUAAAUACAGAGGUACCUAGCAGGAGGAGAAGACGAAGACAAGACUCUGAAAUACAGCACCAGCCCACAGUACAACCUCAUUUAAAGGCUGAAGAAUGUGUCAUCAACUCCUCUCAACUGAUGAAGUGCUGGACACCUUUUGUGCCAUCAGAGUCAAGUGUAUUGGAUCUAGUCUUUAUCUUGGAUAACCUCCAUGUCAGCUUUUAUAAUAUUGUGGGCAGUAGAUUCCAGUAUGUGUCUAACCCCCAGCUUUCCAGACUUGACAAGGACGUCAGUCCUUACAGACUCAAGUCAGGAGCAUUGGUGGUGGUUGAGGGGAAGAAUCUCACUGACGGAAUCAGUGAGACUGAGGUAGUGGUUGAGAUUGGAACAGAAAUCUGCAUAAUAAAGACAUUAACCGAUGCCCACUUGAUUUGCAAUGCAACUCAACUCCAGCCAUUACCAGGUGCAGGUGCUUUGCUAGAUUUUGUGGUCCGAAUGGGGAAUCUUAAGUUCAACCUCGGAAAAGUGGAAUAUGUUUCAGAUAGCCAAUCCUUCUUUCCAAAAGAGGCACAGAUUGGGUUGGGUACUGGAGCUGCAGUGGUGGUUUGCAUUGUACUUAUCAUCAUCCUGAUGUACAGGCGGAAGAGUAAGAAGGCAAUGCAAGACUACAAGAAGGUAUUGGUGCAGCUGGAAAACCUCGAAGUGAGCGUUGGUGACCAAUGCAGGAAAGAAUUUACUGAUCUGAUGACAGAGAUGAUGGAUUUGAAUAGUGAUUUGGGAGGGACUGGCAUUCCUUUCUUGGAUUAUAGGACCUUCACAGAGAGGAUUUUUUUCCCAGGACAUAAGCACUCUCCUUUGUAUAGCGGAAUGGACACCACAGAGUAUCGGAAAUCUACAGUGGAACAGGGCUUAACUCAUUUAUCAAACCUAUUAAACAACAAGUUUUUCCUUACUAAGUUCAUUCACACAUUGGAAGCGCAGCAGACAUUUUCACAACGGGACCGUGGCUGUGUGGCUUCCUUGCUAACCAUAGCCCUACAUGACAGACUAGAGUACUACACUGAGAUCAUGAAGACCUUGCUGGGGGAUUUGGUGGAGCAGUAUGUGAUCAAGAACCCAAAACUGAUGCUACGCAGAACUGAAACAGUAGUGGAGAAGCUGUUAACAAACUGGAUGUCUAUCUGCUUAUAUUCUUUCAUCAGGGAGACUGCUGGGGAGCCCCUUUACAUGUUGUACCGGGCAAUUAAGUAUCAAGUCGACAAAGGACCAGUAGAUGCAGUUACAGGAAAAGCUAAGCGCACACUGAAUGAUAGCAGACUACUCAGAGAGGAUAUUGAAUAUCGACCUCUGACACUGAAUGUACUAAUGAAGAAUGGGGGAGAAGUGCAGCUGACUCCAGUCCGAGUCCUGGACACUGACACUAUUACACAAGUUAAAGAAAAGAUCCUAGAUCAGAUCUACAAAGGAGUACCAUUUUCCCAGCGAACUUGUGUAGAUGCACUGAAUCUUGAAUGGCGUUCAGGAAUAGCAGGCCACUUGACACUGUCAGAUGAAGAUGUAACUUCUGUAAUUCAAGGGAAAUGGAAGCAGUUGAACACUUUGCAACACUAUAAGGUUCCCGAUGGAGCAACUGUGGCACUCAUCCCUGGAAUGCACAGCAACUUUUCUCAAGGCAUGAACCAGUCUGUUUUCUCAGAAGAAAAGAACCCUAUGCUAGAUGAUGUGGAGGAGGAAGGCACAAGACUUUGGCACUUGGUGAAAUCGACAGAAGAACCGGAGCUUCCAAAGUACAGGAAAAGCAGCCUUCGAGAAAGGGCAAAAGCGAUUCCAGAAAUAUAUCUGACUCGACUGCUGUCAAUGAAAGGUACACUACAGAAGUUUGUGGACGAUGUCUUUCAUGCAAUUUUGAAUACUGAUCAACCUGUACCAGUUGCCAUCCGGUACUUUUUUGACUUCCUGGAUGAAAUGGCUGAGAAGCAUGGUAUCAAGGACCAAGAAACUGUGCACAUUUGGAAGACAAACAGUCUACUGUUACGUUUCUGGGUGAACAUUCUCAAGAAUCCCCAGUUCAUUUUUGAUGUACAUGUCUCAGAUAAUGUUGAUGCCAUCCUAUCAGUGAUAGCACAGACGUUUAUUGACUCUUGUACGACAUCAGAGCACAAAGUGGGGAGAGAUUCUCCAGUCAAUAAACUUUUAUAUGCAAGGGAGAUACCACGCUAUAAACAGCUUGUAGAGAAGUACUACCUUGACAUACGUUCUGCUUCUGCUGCCAGUUACCAGGAGAUGAACUCUGCACUGACUGAACUGUCUGGGAAAUGUGUUGAAGUGGCAGGCCUAAAUGCUCUGCGUGAACUGUACAAAUACAUAAACAAGUACUAUGAUCAGAUAAUAAGUGCUCUUGAGGAUGAUGCAACAGCACAAAAAAUGCAGUUGUCGUGUCGUCUUCAGCAAAUUGCAGCUCUUGUGGAAAACAACGUGACAGACUUAUGACACCACGUAUAUCAUUGAAAAUGGAAAUAUGCAAAUGGGACAACCAUGAACCUCCACAUUUAAACCUAUGAGCAAGAUUUAUUCUGCUGUAAAAUGGGACCAAGUUUGUGUUGUCCACUGAAACUGACUUUGCACCAUUUUGGUGAUGUCCACAAUGUGGACUAUGGUAUGCAGUUUUCAGUCAUUUAUCAAUCACAGACUUUUAGGUGAAUGAAAUUAUUUCAUAAGACUGAUGAUAUGCUGGCAAAAAUUAUAUUGGAGUGAAGACACUAAUUCUAGAAAUAUCUGUUCCUGCACCUGAUUGUAAAGUUUGUAUAUAUUUUUGACAAGUCUUUUGGAAGAGUAGCUGGUGUUUUCUCGUCAUAGAUGAACAGAAGGCCAUAUGUGCUGUCCCUUGGAACAUUAAAACAUAUUUUCUAUGUCAAUACUAAAAUGUCACAGCAUAAAGCAAGAGGACAUGGUUGUGCCAGGUUAUGUGCAAACCUUCUGUGUACAAAAGCCAAAACCGUGCCUUCUAAGAAGAAAAGGAAACUGAAAAUUUUCUAAAAGUGAACACUGAGAAGCAAGUAAAAGUAUAAAUAUAUAUGCAACAAAAAAGUGCUGUUAAAGAUGAGUAAUGUGAAAUAUAUUUUUAUUUUGCUCUCUGUACUGAUAUUUAAAUAAUAAACUGUAAAUCUGA